GAAGGAAGAAAGAAAGAAAGAAAGAAAGUUGUUGUUGUUGUUGUUGUUAGUGCUGCUGCUGCUGCUGAUGUUGCUGUCGUUGUAGUUCGUAGUGGGCCGUUUUCACAACCCCCCCCCCCAAAAAAAAGGAGGGGAUCAAGAGAGAGAGAGAGAAAAAGGAGGAAUAGGCUGAACGCCCCCAGUGUUUACAAUCCAUCCGAAAUUUAGAUUUCGCUGAUACCUUCAGUCUGAGGCGAUGACUGUAUAGUAUAGCUUUACGAGCUCUUGCGAGGUAUGAGAAUCAGCCAAAACAUUAGUAUUGUAGAUCGACUGCUACCAUAAAAAUUAUCAAAAUGAGGGAUGUUUCGGUGUAUUUAGCUGAACAGAAAAGACAAGCUAAUGCAGACGUUGCAGCGACAUGGAAUGAAAUUGAAGAACUGUACAAUAAAAAAUUAUGGCAUCAGGUGACCCUCAAGCUCUUAGACUUUGUAAAGCAUGAACAGUUUGCACAAGGAGAUGGACUCUUAAAGUUGUACGAGAACUUCCUGUCAGACUUUGAGCAUAGGAUCAACCCUCUGUCAUUGGCUGAAAUCGGUGCUGUCAUUGUCAGACAAGUCCCAGAUUACAAUGAGGCAUUGACAUUUAUUGACAAGAUCUAUGAGAAAGUCAAAGCAACUGACCAGGCUGGCAUACUAUGUUUGACGGUCAGUGGUAUGAUGAAACUAAAGGUCAAUGACCUGGAAGGCACAAAGGUCAAGGUGGAAGAGGUUCAAAAGAUCUUGGACAAUUACGACGGAGUGACCACUGUCCAUGCUAGAUUCUAUGACCUGUCCAGUAAUUAUUACAAGGUGACCGGUAACCACGCACUCUACUAUCGGGACGCACUAAGGUAUCUUGGCUGCUUGGACAUCAAAGAUAUUGCGGAGGAAGAGAGGAGAGAGCGUGCUUUCAACCUAGGUCUUGCGGCUCUACUAGGAGAUGGCGUCUACAAUUUUGGUGAAUUGUUAGCACAUCCUGUUCUGGAAUCACUACGAACGACAGAGAAAUCCUGGUUGGUAGAUCUACUCUUUGCAUUCAACAGCGGCAAUCUAGACAAAUUUGAAUCCAUGGCACAAGUUUGGAAACAACAGCCUGACCUAGCAACGAGUGAGCUUCCAUUGCGGCAGAAAAUCUCCCUUUUAUGUCUGAUGGAGAUGACGUUCACAAGACCUGCUAACAACCGCAGCCUAACAUUCUCAGAGAUUGCACAAGCCGCUAAAUUACCAUUAAAUGAGGUUGAGAUCUUAGUGAUGAAGGCAUUAUCAUUGGGUCUGGUGAAAGGUUCUAUAGAUCAGGUAGAGAACAAGGUCCAUAUGACGUGGGUACAACCAAGAGUGCUGGAUGCAAAACAGAUUUCCACGAUGCAGACCCGACUUGGAGAAUGGUGCGAAUACAUCAAGACCACUCAAGUCAUGCUAGAAGAUCGAGCACAGGAUAUUCUGGACAGAAAUUGAUUCAUUCCCGUUCCUCGUCCUACUUGGGUAGACCCAGGGGCCUGUUGCAGAAAGAGUUGCGUUUAAACGCAAGUAAAAAUAUGAAGCGCAAGUCCCGAAUACGGGUGCUUCAUUGGCAGAAAAUCAAGUUGCGCAAGAUUUUUUUUGUUGCGUUUGAUCGCAACUCUCUCUGCAAUGGGCCACAGAUGUCUUAGACAAGUUACUAUCCUGUUCAUUUCCAAGAUUAUGGAGUCAACUGGUUUAAUGUGUUGCCCUCUGAAAAUGGUUGGUCCGUACAAUGCUUUUGGGACUCACGGAUCCUGGUAGUCAACAUGUUAACGCAUUGUCUUCUAGAAGUGGGUUUGUCCCUGUACAAAUAAUUGGGGAUUCUAUAGAACUCAGUAGCCAACAUACCCACUGCCUACUAGAACCAGAUGAUCCAUGGACAAAGUUUAUGGCAGUAACAGAACUUAAUAGUCAAUUGGUUAACCCAUUUCAUACUGGAACGGGGUGCUCACGGUACGAAAUCUCUGGAAACGACAGAGCUCCCAGAAGUCAAAAUGUUCACUUAACACGAGAGUCCAUUGAGGAUGUCGUCUAUAUCCCAAAAUUUCAUCCAGAAGUAUGCUAAAUAGAUUAAAAACCGACCAAAAUUUUAGUUGGACUGACACGAAGUUCAUAUUGUAUUCUCUUUUAGUCUCAUGCUGUUCUUGUGGCAGAAUAAAAACCACCUUGAAAAUGGUAUAAUCUCAAAUGUUUGUGAUGCUUUAAAAGCUACAUGUACUUUUAACUGGAUUUCCCAUAAACCAGUUUAGAAAACCAGUUUAGAAGAUCACUUCGCUAGCAUCUUCUUCACCAUCUCCCGAACUGAUUUCCAGGGGCUUGUUGCUAUGGGAACGCUCUCCGCAGAGUCGCGUGUUUCACACAAAAUUUGAAACCGCAGCUCAGGCAUUCUACGAACAGUGUGUACUGACGUGCCCAACAUGCACACACUCUCAUACUUGCGUGCAAAGAUUGCUUCCCGAAGAAAAGUUGUGUCCUCGCCUACAUUUAAAACGGUGUAACGAGGCAAAGCGGUCUUGAAAACCACAUCGCGAGGUGGGUUUCUAAGAUUGCUUUGGGCAUUCCCAUUAUAAGUUAAACUUGAAUCCACUAAAAUGGUUUCCAUUAAACUAUUUUAAGAAAUUAAAUAAGAACAGGGUUCAAUUUACAGUAAAAGAAAAACAAUGGUAUGAGAAUAGGUAAUGAAAAAUCAUAAUGAUAAAUUGUGGCACUCUCUUGUAUAUUGUUUAAUUUUGAUAUGUAUUUAGCAAAGUAAUUUUGUUUUAGUAAUAUUGUAUAUGUUUCAGUAAAACUGUUAAAAAGAAAA